AUGUGUGACCAGGACAUUCGGUCCCUUCCUCCUCGAUCGCCACCCCCACCCGCGACCCCACCUGGCUCUGGACAAGGUGGUGCCGUCGUUUCCACAGUGGCCUGCAGGGAUCCCUGCUACCUGGACAGCCUGGAUCGGAUCGGAGCCACCGACUACCAGCCCACUGAGCAGGACAUCCUCCGAACCAGGGUCAAAACUACCGGCAUCGUAGAAACCCACUUCACAUUCAAGAACCUCCAUUUCAGGCUGUUUGACGUCGGGGGCCAGCGAUCUGAACGCAAGAAGUGGAUCCACUGCUUCGAGGACGUCACGGCCAUCAUCUUCUGCGUCGCGCUCAGCGGCUAUGACCAGGUGCUCCACGAAGACGAGACCACGAACCGCAUGCACGAGUCCCUGAAGCUAUUUGACAGCAUCUGCAACAACAAGUGGUUCACGGACACGUCCGUCAUCCUGUUCCUCAACAAGAAGGACAUUUUUGAGGAGAAGAUCAAGAAGUCCCCGCUGACCAUCUGCUUUCCCGAAUACACAGGCCCCAGCACCUUCACGGAAGCCGUGGCGUACAUCCAGGCCCAGUACGAAAGCAAGAACAAGUCGGCUCACAAGGAGGUCUAUACCCAUGUCACCUGCGCCACCGACACCAACAACAUCCAGUUUGUCUUUGAUGCUGUGACGGACGUCAUCAUCGCCAAAAACCUGCGGGGCUGUGGCCUUUACUGAGUCCCGGCCUCGCCCCCAGCUGCCCGCCACCCUGCCCGGCCUCCUGCCCCCCACCCCCUGGAACCAGAGCUCCAGCACCUCUCAGACCACUCUCUGCACUUGACAAAGAAGCACAGCGGCUGGCACCAAGGGGGCAGGAGGGAAAUCCCCCACAGCCGCCCCGCCCCCAAGACAUCAGAGCGUGUGGUGACACGGGCUGGGCUGGGUGCCGAGUAGCUGCACCCCGCCUGAGAUGGGCCACUCGCUGCCUGCCUGCCUGCCACGCGCUGGCCUCUGCUCCGUCUCUGAGUGUUUCACCCCAGGGAGAGGCGUGUGGGGGCCAAGGCUGCCGUUUGGCCCAGAACGGGCACGUCCUACGCUUGGUGACUCAUACUCGAAGUCCCAGCGUCUUCUCCUGUCUUCUGGGGUUUAGGUGGUGGGGGUGGCCUUGGGACAGGGUCCUGGCAGGGGUAGGGGCAGUGGCAGACACUGCUCAGCUUUUCCUGGGUUCUCUCUGGUCGGGGGCAGCUCCGUCACCGAAAGGCAGGGUGGGACCAGGCCGACUGCGUGUGGGACCGAGGGCUCAGGCCUCGGCAAAUGCCUCCUUCCUGCCUCCCCUUGGAUCUCAGCCCCCUGGUGCAAGCCCUUCUCUGAGCUAUCCUUCCCUGCACCCCCUUGGGGCUCCCCAUGGUCCUUCUGGGGAACCCAUAUUCAUGACGCCUUACAGGUCUGUAACUGAUUCUGAAACUGACGUAUUGCAAAGGCAUGUGGUCGAUGGUGGGAGGGCUCGAGUCCCGUGGUGCCUGGACAGGUCAAGGGAGACGCGGGAGGCAGUGGGGGAGGGUGCUGAGGGAGAGGAGCGCCCGCGCUGGCUGCCGUGGGGCCUCACCCCCAGUCUUUGCAGGCCCAGGCGUGAGCCGUGUACCUGCUCCCAUCACCCAGGUGGCAGGCAGCUGCUCCAGAUAUGAGCAGACAUGCGUCUCCUUCUCAAAUCGCAGUAACUCCAACUCAAAUUACAGGGGCAGGCGGGCCUUUGGGCUGGGGAUGGGUUCUGCAGUUGGGGAGGCUCAAGGGGGCUGUGGACACAGCUCCUGAGGCUAACACCCCAGCUUCCUUUUUUCUCAGUUAAAAAACCAGAGAGUUUGUCCACAGCCCUUGGUGUCGUGCCAGCCCUCGGGGACAGAGGAGGGCAGAUGGAUAGGACCACCACUCUGAAGUAUGCACUUACCAGGGGCCACAUACCAGGCCCCCCGCCACCCUCUGGAAAGAGUCCUAGGACCCCUUGAAGGGGUUUUGUUGCCGAGAUUCCUGAGCAGAAAGGGGUGGGGUAACUUCUGGCGGCCCAGGCCCAGGCUGGCCUCGGGCAGCCAGCACCCCUCUCUCUCGCUCUUAGGCACCUCCAGUUGGCUGAUGCCACCACCACAGGCAGACCCUGGGCGCUUGUGUGGCAGGCUCUGCCUAGGGAGCCAGGUGUGCCCAUGGGAGGAGAGGGGCUGCCCCUUGAGAGCUCUCUGGCCCCCUCUGCUCUUCCAACCUCCACUCCAAGCUCCGCUCAGCCCCAGGGCCAGGCAAGACCCCUGGACUCCCUGCCUCCCGACUGCCCCGGAGCCAGGAAGAACCCCACCAUGCCAACAGCUCUGGGCUUCCUGGCUCCAACAGGCCCAGAGCUCUGGGUGGUGCACGGGAGACCCAGGGCACCGUCCCUAGUGCCAAAUGCCUACAGGGGCGAGUGCCACUGGGGGAGCCUUCCCUGGUCUGGCUCCCGUGCUGCUGCCUCAUCCUUACGGGAAAUCACAGGCAGCCAGGCUGUCGGAGCCGGGGCCAGCCCGAGGCCACUUGGUUUCAUUCACCGUGUGCGCUGCACCUUGUGCCAGUUGCUGGGUUGUGGCCGUUGGAGCCACCAGCCCCAAUGUCCUGUCAUGGGAAGACAGGGCCAGUUAAGCAUUUGCCCAACAUUGAAGACAUAGCAGUUAUUUCCUGAUAUCACCACCCUGGGUGUGGCCAGCUGUGCCCCCAGCUCUGCCCUGUGACUCCAGACUCAGAGACAGCCGACAAGAAGCAGGGGAUGCUGGCCAAGCCCCACCUCUGAGGCCGUCGUCCAGGCCCAGGGCUUUCUAGUGCCCACAGCGGCCCGCGCACCGGGCAGGAGUCAGGCCCCCGCCCUUCCCAGCUGCAGCCUUGGGAGGCUGGGGGAGCAGGGUGCCUGGGGCCUUCCUGCCCAUGUGUCCCCUGGGCUGCCUUUUCUCCCUCAGACACUCUUCCCUGCUCAGUGCCGCCCCGGCAUGUUGAGGGGGUCCUUGGCUGUCUGGUGUAAUCCCUUGAGGAGAGGGUAUCCAGGGUAUAACUCCUUCGCUGUCUACUGCGUCGCCCGUCCAUGUCGUCACCAGCAGCUCCACCAUGGGAAUGACUUGGGGUGACAGAUGAGUUUUGGCUCCGUCGUGGGUGUGGGUGUGAGGGGGAGAUGUUGCGAGUGACCAGAAAUGGGUGGGUCUCUUCACCACAGUGGCCCUGUACUUGGGGCCAUGCGUAACUCUCUGACUGGCUCUAAUUCAGCAGGGCAAGGGGAAAAUUAUUUCUAGAAGGGACGCCUUUGCCAAACCCAUGGAAAUUGUGCUUGCCAUCCCGAGCCUGCAGGCAAGUUCUGUGCCCUGCACUGCAUCCCCCCACAAGAGUCAGCUCUCAGCCUUCACACACAGCUGGGAGAGGCCGCCGAGGCUCUCCAGCCUGACUGGAGGGGGCAGCACACGAGGCCCAAGGAGGGGCUCUGCUGUGCCUGUGAACUCGGGCCUGAGGCCGGUGUGGACUCUGCCCCCAUCCUGAGCAGAGAGCCCAGCUUUGACAUUCUGGGUUCCAUGGCCACCUCCCAUGGAGGCCCUACAUGCCCAGUGCCCUGUCCCUUCCCUCUGGCCCCAGCAGCGCCCAGGCAGAGGGCCACCACUAUAGCUGGUGCCAGCAGGCACCUCUGCCUCCCAGCCCAGCUCCACACCCCACUGGUGGGAACUGGAGACACGACUGCGGUGGGCAUCAGUGAGCCUCCCCCGAGGCAAGUGCCCUCCCCACCCAGAGCCCCUGUAACCAGGCUGCCUACAGGCCCCAACAGGGAAGGCGCAGGAGUCUCACCCAAGCCCUCCCUUUCUGCCAAGAUGAGACCUGCCCAGGGAGCUUGUGCACCCCACGGCCCCCCCAACACAGUCCCAGUUUAUGCCCAGUGGCAACUUCUGCAGGUUCUCCCUCCUCUCGCCUGCCUCCUUCCUGACCGCUCCCCCAGCUGUCCCUCGGUCUGACCUCGUGCCCUCUUCAGCCCUCUUGGUAGGUAAAUCCAUCACAAUCUGGGCCUCGGUCUCUCCUCCAGACCAGGAGGCGGCCUGCCCAGCCCCCUUUUUGAGAAGCCUAGCACUCACAGCCCCUCGGGCUGCCUCUGCUCAUCUCGGAGCCUUCUGGAAGCCUCCAGGCACCGCCUGGCAGUUCUCAGGAACUGAAGCCUGAGACUCCAGCUGUGGCUAGCUAAAGGCUAGCAGCCCCAGACAGCUCCCCCACGUGAGCCACUAGCCUACAGAGUGAAGGGUUCCAGAAGCCCAGGGCAGAGACUGGACACAACAGCCAGACCAGGGAACAGGGCCAAGGUGUGGGCUGCUGCCACAUGCUGGUGGCCCAGCGAGGCGAGUCCUGAACCACUGUGCCCAGAAAGCACAGUGGGGCCUUCCCUCAGGGGGCUCCGGGCCUCCGACAGACCACACCCCAGUGAAACGAAGGCCCCUGUCGAGGGAGGGACAGGUCGAGGCAGAAGCAGAAAGAAGGCCCCCCAGUUCCUGCCGCCUCCCUGCACAGCCAGGCCCUCCCCUCCAGUUCUCUCUACCCGUCUUGGUUUGGCCCCAGCCCCUCGCUGGGCCCCCGCUGCACAUGUCCUCUGGCCCCCAGGCCUCCUCCCGGUUCUGCUGCUGCCGCCACUCUACUCCCGUCUCCCAUCGCAGGCAGGGGUGCACUUGGGUGCCCCCUCCCUCCUUAGCAAACCUAUCUUAGGCGCAGUAGCCCUACCUCCCAACCCUGCCACCACCAGCCACCCCGUAUUAACUGUAAUUUUGUAAGUAGAGUGACUCGUUGGUUUAAUAAAUCUCUAGUUAUUGUAAUAAUUUAUUGGCUGCCGUAAUGUAUUUAUUAGUCACCUACCAUUAAUAAAAAGUGCCAGCUUUUUCUA